CUCGCCUUGUGAUUUACUUGAAUAUUCACUUCUCGAAAGUAAGCUUCUAUUCUACAUAUGUGGCAAUGGAAAAUUAUCCUUUCUUUGUAUUGUUGUUUUUGACUGCAAUAACAGGUGGGUUGACGGACGUUAUUCCUCCAGGAGAAUGUAGAGAAUGUUCAGACGGUUCUGGUUGUGCUUAUAGAUAUGCGUUCUGUAAUGGAUAUAAUACUUGUUCAAAUGGCGAAGAUGAAAACGAGGAUGUAUGUAGAGAUUUGGAAUGCGAAAAAGGAAAAAUGAAAUGUAAAAACGGGAUACAUUGUUUUCCUGAAUAUACUCUUUGUGAUUACUACGCCUACUGUAAAGAUGGUUCAGAUGACGAUCCUGAAAUGUGCAAAAAUCAGACGUGUCCAACUAAUAAAACGAAGUGUAGUGAUGGCAUUGCUUGUUUUUCGCAAAACGAUCGCUGUAAUGGUGUAGAAUUAUGCAAAACUGGUGAUGAUGAAGAUAUAGAAAUGUGCAAAGAUUUUCAGUGCCCACCGGAUCAUGUAAAAUGUACUGAUGGUUUACAGUGUAUUAGAACGAAUAACCUCUGUAAUGGAUAUCCAAGUUGUAAGGAUGAGUCCGAUGAAAGUAAAGAGACGUGUACAGAUUUUCAGUGCCCACCGGAUCAUGUAAAAUGUGCGGAUGGUUUAGAGUGUAUAAGAACGUAUAAACUCUGUAAUGGAUAUGCUAGUUGUAAUGAUGAAUCCGACGAAAGUAAAGAUACAUGUGUAGAUUUCGAAUGUGGUGAAGAUAAGGUCAAAUGCCAGGAUGGUAUGCAGUGCAUAUAUGAAAAAAGUCAAUGUAAUGGUUGGCCGGACUGUAAAGAUAGAUCUGAUGAAUCAGCUGAAGUGUGUAAUGAUUAUAAGUGUUCAGAUGAUCAAGUUAAAUGUAGGGAUAACAUAGAGUGUAUUUAUAAAUCAGGCCUAUGCAAUCAAUAUACCAAUUGCAAUGACGGAUCAGACGAGGAUGAAGAUUUUUGUAAAGCCUUUCCUUGUAUAUACAACAAGGUCAAGUGCGCAAAUGGUCUUCAAUGUGUCUAUAAUUCUACUUUUUGCGAUGGAGUGAAACAUUGUGCCGACGGUUCUGAUGAAGAGGAAGAGGUGUGCAAAGCAUAUGUUUGCCCUGAGUGGAAAAGCAAAUGUGCUGAUGGACAACAAUGUGUCGACGAACAAAAUAGUUUGUGUAAUGGAAAUGUAGAUUGCAACGAUAAGUCAGAUGAAGAUCCAGGCUUUUGUCGAGAUUAUAGCUGCAGUGAUUACAAUCAAAAAUGUUCUGACGGAUUGCAAUGUAUCGGUGAAUACAGCUUAUGUGACGGCCAUGAAGAUUGUACAGAUAAAUCAGAUGAAGAUCCAGACGUUUGUAGAGCAAGGGAAUGUGACAGAGACAAUGUGAAAUGUGAUGAUGGCAUACAAUGCAUUUAUAAAUCAAAUGUAUGUAACAAAUACACACAUUGCAAUGACAAAUCUGAUGAGAAUGAAGAUAUGUGUAAAGAUAGAAUUUGUGAACCAGGCGAGAAAAAGUGUGCAGACAAUUAUCAGUGUAUAAACAUAGAUAAUUUUUGUAAUGGAUAUACGGACUGUAAUGAUGAAUCUGAUGAAGAUGCAGUUGCCUGUAAAGAAUACCAAUGUCAAAGUGGUAGAGUUAAAUGUGCGGAUGGAAUAGAAUGUAUACGUAUAGACAGUCUCUGUGACGGCCAUGGAGAUUGUCGUGAUAGUAGUGACGAAGAUAAAGUAAAAUGCAAAGCAAGAGAAUGUCCUUAUGGUUCUAGAAAGUGUAGUGAUGACUACCGUUGUAUUAAUGAAGAACUGUGGUGUGAUGGACGUGAUGAGUGUUCAACAGGAGAAGACGAAGAUCCAGAUAUGUGCUUACAUUAUGAGUGUCCUGUCGGAUUUGUAAAAUGCAAAGACGGGCUGCAGUGUAUUCGUGCUUUUUCCAUGUGUACUGGAAAUUUUCUUGGUUCGGGUUCAGAGUGUAAAGAUGGUUCCGAUAAUGAUACAGAUCAUUGUUCAGCUUACGAAUGCCCCGUGUACUUUGAAAAGUGUCCUAAUGGUCAUCAAUGUGUACAUCAGUCAAUGAUUUGUUCUGGGGAACAGAUGUGUGAUGGCGAAUCAGAAGAUGAACAACAAUUUUGUAAAACACGCAGCUGUGGUGACAUUAUGUCGAAAUGUGAUAAUGAAUACCAAUGUGUGCUCAAUUUCAAGACAUGUGAUGGUGUUGCAGAUUGUGCAGAUAGUUCAGACGAGAAUGCAGACUUAUGUGUAGAGAAUCGUAUCUGUCCAGUUGGAAUGGUGAAAUGUGAAGAUAAGGUUCAGUGUAUUUAUGAAAUACAGUUUUGUAGUAAAUAUCCUGACUGCAAGGAUAAAUCGGAUGAAAGCCCAGAGAUUUGUACAAAAGACAGAGCUUGCCCUACUGGAAUGUCUAGGUGUUCCGCAAAUGACCCAAAAUGCAUAUAUGAUAGUUGGUUCUGCAACAACCAACCCGAAUGCGAAAACAGAGAGGAUGAAAGUCCGAAUAGUUGCUUUAAUCGUCCAAAAGGAUCCAAGAAAUUUCCGUGGUUGACAUAGUAGUUGGAUUGGAUUUUUGAGUAAAACGAACUUGCUUUCAUCAUAAGACGACAGAAAAAAAUGCAUUAUGUUAUACAUACUACAUGCCUUUACUGUGCAUGUAAACAGUGUGGAUUACAAUUUGGUGUGUAGAAAUUUUGUAUUGAGAUGUUAUCAUCAUAUGAUAAUAAAAUGAUGAUAAACCA